AUGGCGGCUCUUACCCAUGUUUUUUUUCCUAUUGCUUUGAUUCUCUUGUCAUCCUCACUCAUCAUCAUUGCCUCUGCUACUGACUAUGGCUAUGCCCCAAAACCAGAAGUUUACCAGACCAAGCCUAAAGAAGACGUCAAGUACCCUGAUAUCUACAAACCAAAGCCAGAAGAAAAUGUGAAAAUCCCUAAAGUUGACGUACCCAAGGUAGAAGUAAAUGUUAAGCUCCCCGAAGUCUACGAACCGAAACCAAAACCAGAAGAAAAGUACCCUGAAGUUGGCACGCCAAAGCCAGACAACGUUAAGUAUUCAGAAGUUGAGCAACCAAAGCCAAAUCCAGAAGACGUGAAGUACCCUGAAGUCUACAAGCCAAAACCAGAAGAAGCUGUUAAGUACACAAAGAUUGACAAGCCAAAGCCAGAACAGAAGUAUCCAGAGGAAGAAAAAACUAAGCCAGAAGAUGUGAAGUACCCUGAAGUUAACACACCAAAAUCUGAAGAAAAGGUAAAUGUCCCUUCCGGGUACGUCGACAAACCAGAUGAAGUAAAAGAAGAUCAGUUCCCUGUAUGUUUUGAAGGGCUCGUUCUCUGUAAAUCUGGCUCCAGCUAUGAGCCAAUUCAAGGGGCUGUGGCAAAGAUAAUAUGCACAGCUGUGGACGUGCUAGGGUAUGAGACAAGACUCCCAGUCUCAACCUGCAAAACUGAUGCAAAGGGUUACUACUUCUCAACAUUGGAUCAUUCUUUGCUCGAGGACGGACUAAAGCUCAGAGAAUGCAAGGCAUUCAUUGAAAGCUCUCCAUUGGAGUACUGCAAAGUUCCUACUGAUGUAAACAAAGGGAUUACUGGGGCUCUUCUCUCUACUUAUCGCAUCCUCAAUGACAGGAAAAUGAAGCUGUACAGUAUCAAUCCUUUCUUCUACACCACCGAGCCCAAAUCAGUUCCUAGCGGUUACUAAAUUUGCACUUUUAGCGUGAAUUCUUUCUGUUUUAAAUUUUGAGUUGGUUCUGAGAGUUUUGGAAGGCAAGUUUUUACUCUACUUUCUGUAAUUGUUGAUUAUAUCUGUGGCUAUGAGGUUCCUGCCUCUGCCACUUGAACUACCUGUAAUAAGCUUAAUUUUCUCUAUCAAUAAUUUGUGGAGUCAGUUUCCUUCUUUUCACCAUUGCUCCUUUAGAACUUAGUUAGAUAUGAA